AACAGAAUUGUGAGAAAUCAAAGGACAGAAGGAGACAGAGAAAAAAAGGUGUCAUGAAUUUGUACUUGUCUUUAGGGUUUGAUCCACAACUCUUUGCUAAACUCAUCUCUCUUUCUUACAAAAUUCACUCACAUUAUUAAAAAAAGGUACCAUUUUUCCAACAAUUUAUAGUUAUUAUGUACUUGCAUCUUUAUAUGUUACUGUUAUGUACUUUGUUCAUUUGGGGUUCACAAUUCUUGAGAAAAAAGUACUAUGUAAUUUUAUGAUAAUCUUGAAUUUUCAUCAUGUGUGUAUAUAAGUAUUGUGAUUUCAGAGGUGUUGUUAUAUACUUUUGUACAUUAGGUGUAUUUCUUGUAAAUGUUGUUUCUGGUGUAACAAAUUUGAAUGAUUUCAAGAUUUUGAGUGAUUUUAGAAAUGGAUUAGAGAAUCCUGAACUAUUGAAAUGGCCUUCCAAGGGGAAUGAUCCUUGUGGUCCUCCUGCAUGGCCUCAUGUGUUCUGUUCUAGUGACAGAGUUACCCAAAUUCAGGUUCAGAGUUUGGGUUUAAAGGGUCCUUUACCUCAGAACUUGAAUCAACUUGAUAAGCUUCAAAAUCUUGGCCUUCAGGGGAAUGGUUUUAGUGGGAAAUUACCUACUUUCAAUGGAUUAUCUGAUUUGAAAUAUGCAUACUUGGACAACAAUGAAUUCGAUACGAUUCCUGGUGAUUUCUUUAAUGGUCUUAGCAGUGUUCAAGUUUUGGCUUUGGAUUAUAAUCCGUUUAAUGAGAGUGGAUGGUCUAUUCCGAUUGAGUUGCAAGAUUCAGCUCAGUUGACGAAUUUUUCUUGUGUGCAAUGCAAUAUAGUUGGACCUGUGCCUGAUUUUUUUGGGAAAUUGCCUUCACUAAGUGCGUUGAAGCUGUCGUAUAAUCGUUUGACCGGUGAGAUACCAGACAGUUUUCGUGAUUCAAUGCUUCGGAUUUUGUGGUUGAAUAAUCAAGAUAGUCCUGGAAUGACGGGUCCAAUCGACUUAAUUGGUACUAUGGAUCAGCUUAUGUUGUUAUGGCUUCAAGGCAACAGUUUUAGUGGACCAAUUCCUGAUACAAUUGAUGAUUUAAAUGACUUGAAGGAGCUGAAUUUUAACGGAAAUCAACUCGUUGGUCUGAUUCCGCAAGGUUUGGCAAAUCUAGACUUGAGUGUGUUAGACUUGAACAAUAAUAAGCUCAUGGGUCCUAUCCCAAAGUUUAGAGCUGCGAAUGCUACAUAUUCCUCAAAUUCUUUCUGUCAGCCAACUCCUGGUGUUCCUUGUGUUCCUCAAGUUAAUGCACUUUUAGAUCUUCUUUGCGGUUGGAAUUAUCCAGCCAACCUUGCUCCUGAAUGGAGUGGCAAUGAUCCAUGUACAGGUCCUUGGUUGGGAAUCAGUUGCAAUCCUAAAGGCCAGAUUACGAUUGUUAAUCUACAGAACAAGAACCUUACGGGUACGCUUAGCCCUUCACUUGCAAACUUGGAUUCACUGCUUGAAGUUCACUUAAAAAGAAAUAGUUUGCAUGGUCGAGUUCCUGCAAACUUAACAGAGCUCAGAUCCUUGAGAUUGUUGGACUUAAGUGGGAACAAUUUUGAUCCACCAUUACCGAAAUUCCGGGAUAGUGUGAAAGUCAUUACAGACGGAAAUGCUCAUCUUGUUGCUAAUGUAACUGCGGCAGCUCCUCCUCUGAGUAUUAGCCCAUUUCCUCCAUUGAGCCACAGUCCUAAAUCAAGCAAGGAGUUACCAUCGAAAAGCCCAUUUCCCGGUGAUAAUCAGCCAACAUUACCAGAUACACCGCCCUCCCCAGAGAAAAGUUCAGGUUCAGACUCAAAGUCUCCCAGUGGAACCAAAGGGCAGACCACAUCAGAGAACCAUGAUAAGACCAUGAUCAUUGUAGUUGUGAGUGCAGCUUCUUUCGUUUUCACUCUUCUUGCCGUUGUUUUGUAUUUCAAGAGCAAGAGAAAACGAGAGAAGGAUUCAGGUACUAUUGUUAUCCACCCCAAAGAGCCAUUCGAUCAAGAUAACAUUGUUAAGAUCACUAUCUUAGAAGAUCCCAUGAUGUACAGCUUACAGAGUGGUACUACAACAACUACUACAACUAGUGGUGGAACAAAAGGUAGUCGAGUGAUUGAGAUUGGAAACCUUGUCAUUUCAACCCAGGACCUUCGGAGGGUAACCGAUAAUUUUGCACCAGAGAAUGAGCUUGGUCGUGGUGGCUUUGGAGUUGUUUACAAAGGCGUAAUUGAAGAUGGAAUUCAAAUUGCAGUGAAGAGAAUGGAAUCUGCCAUUAUCAACAGCAAGGCAUUGGAUGAAUUUCAAGCAGAAAUAGCUGUGCUUUCUAAGGUUCGACAUCGCCAUUUAGUUUCACUUUUGGGUUAUUCCAUUGAAGGAAAUGAGAGGCUUUUGGUAUAUGAAUAUAUGUCAAAGGGCGCUUUGAGUAGACAUCUUUUUCGCUGGAAGAUCCUGAACUUAGAGCCUUUAUCGUGGACAAAGAGACUCAAUAUUGCUCUAGAUGUCGCUCGAGGGAUGGAGUACCUUCAUAAUCUGGCACACCAGAGCUUCAUACAUCGCGAUCUCAAAUCAUCAAACAUUCUUCUAGAUGAUGAUUUUAGAGCAAAAGUUUCUGAUUUUGGAUUAGUGAAACUCGCUCCUGACAAAGAAAGGUCCGUUGCAACAAGGCUUGCAGGAACAUUUGGAUACCUUGCUCCCGAGUAUGCUGUGACCGGAAAAGUCACAACUAAAAUAGAUGUCUUCAGCUUUGGGGUGGUGUUGAUGGAACUUGUGACUGGACUAACUGCCCUUGAUGAGCAUCGGUCCGAGGAAACUCGAUAUCUAGUUGAGUGGUUCUGGCAGAUAAAAUCGAAUAAAGAAAACCUCCUUGCUUCCGUUGAUCCAGCUCUUGACGUGAAGGAAGAUAUCCACAAGAGCAUUUGCACUAUGGCUGAAUUAGCUGGACAUUGCACUGCGAGAGACCCCAAUCACAGGCCUGACAUGUCACACGUUGUGAAUGUGCUUGGCCAACUAGUUGAGUCUUGGAAACCCGUAGAAGAGUCGGAUGACUAUUCAGGAAUUGACUACAGUCUACCUCUUCCAGAAAUGUUGAAGGACUGGCAGGAUGAAGACACUGGAGACUUCACCAGUACUAGUCAAGAUAGCAGAGGAAGUAUUCCUGCUAAGCCAAAUGGAUUUGCGGAUUCUUUUACAUCCAACGAUGCUCGAUAGGUGAAGUUGGUUUUGGCUACCAAAGUCCAUUGCUUCCUUACUAUUAGUUUUGCUAGCAUUUUCGACAUGAAUUUUGCUUUUGGCUCGUGAAAAUAAUCUAUGGAGGCGUUGCGUCCAGUCUAUAUAUGGUGAAUAUACAUAUACCGGGUUGUCAUGAAUGAUUGAUCAAGAGAUCAAAUUGGUGUCGUCCAGAUACAGAGCAAAAAACAGAAAAAACUUUUCAAUUUAAUGUUGCUUACACAGUUAUUUGUUUUGAAUGUUGCUUGUAAAAGUUAUAUUUAUAAUAGGUUGGUCCAAUUUGCUGUAUAAGUUAUUUACAUGACACUCUUGAGAAUCUUAUGCAUGAAUUUGAGAGUGAUGCUCAAAUUAAUAAUGCAAAAAAAGGUUUGAUUUUCUUGAUUA